AUGGGCACCCCCGUUGCCCGGGGGGCCAGGCCUCUCCCCGCCUCCGGGAAGCACUCUCCCCCGGUCCUCGGCCUGCUGCUCCUCGUCUUCGUCAAGCAAGUUACAGGAUCCCUCCUUGAGGACACAACUCGCAAGUGGGCUCAAUACAAAGAGAAGUGUCUGAGAGACUUACUCAAGGAACCUCCUGGGACCUUUUGUAACGGGACCUUUGAUCGAUACGUGUGCUGGCCUCAUUCUUCUCCAGGAAAUGUCUCUGUUCCCUGCCCUUCCUACUUACCGUGGUGGCAUGAAGAAAACUCUGGAAGGGCCUACAGACGCUGCCUGGCUCAGGGCACCUGGCAGACACUGGAGAACUCCACAAAUAUUUGGCAAGAUGAUUCUGAAUGCUCCAAGAAGCACAGUUCCGAACAGAAAGUGGAAAACCACGCCUUGCUGUCGACCUUGCAGCUGUUAUACACCGUGGGGUACUCUCUCUCCGUCGUCUCCCUCCUCUUGGCUCUCACCAUCCUCUUGUUUCUUCGAAAACUCCACUGCACACGCAACUAUAUCCACAUGAACCUGUUUGCUUCUUUCAUCCUGAGAGCCCUGGCUGUGCUGGUGAAGGAUGCCAUCUUCUACAACUCUUACUCCAGGAGGCCCAACAGCGACAACAAGUGGCUGUCCUUCGUGUCAGAGAUAUCUGUCUCCUGCCGCUCUGCCCAGUUCCUGCUGCACUACUUUGUGGGAGCCAAUUACUCGUGGCUGCUGGUCGAAGGCCUUUACCUCCACACGCUGCUGGAGCCCACAGUGCUCUCUGAGAGGCGGCUGUGGCCCAGAUACAUGCUGGUGGGUUGGGCCUUCCCGCUGCUGUUUGUGGUACCCUGGAGUGUUGCUCGUGCACAGCUGGAGAACACCGGAUGCUGGGGAACCAACAGGAAUAAGAAAAUCUGGUGGAUCAUCCGGGGGCCCAUGCUGCUUUGUGUCAUGGUCAAUUUCUUCAUCUUCCUGAAAAUUGUCAAGCUUCUCAUUUCUAAGCUCAAAGCCCAUCAAAUGUGCUUCAGAGAUUAUAAAUACAGAUUGGCAAAGUCAACGCUGGUCCUCAUUCCUUUGUUGGGCGUUCACGAGAUUCUCUUCUCUUUCAUCACUGACGAUCAAGUCGAAGGAUUUUCAAAACUUAUACGACUCUUCAUUCAGUUGACUCUGAGCUCCUUCCAUGGAUUGCUCGUGGCUUUGCAGUACUGCUUUGCCAAUGGAGAGGUGAAGGCUGAGCUGCGCAAGCACUGGGUCCGCUUCCUGCUCGCCCGCCACUCCGGCUGCAGGGCCUGGGUCCUGGAGAAGAACUUCCGAUUCCUGGGGAAAUGUCCCAAGAAGCUGUCCCAGGCAGACGGCAAGGGGACGCUCCAGAAGCCGCAGGCCUCGCCGGGCGGUGGGCAGCUCCUGCACCUGGCCAUGCAGGGCCUGGGGGGGCUGGGCGCUCGGCCGCCGCGGGGACACGGGGCCUGGCCCCGGGGCAGCAGCCUGUCCGAGAGCAGCGAGGGAGACUUCACCCUGACCCACACCAUGGAGGAGAUUCUGGAAGAGAGCGAGAUCUAGGCUGGAGGCCCACCGCCCUGGCUCUGCUCCCCGAGAGCACGGUUCAGAGUCACCGGUCUUCCCCACGC